CUUCAUUUUGAGUCGAAUUAAGGGAGUAAAGGAAGGGUAAUAAAUAAGGCAGUGGUUCUAUCUUCCUGCAGCUUCUUUUUUGUUUCCGCUCGUCCCAGUACCGAGACAGUGGCCAAGUCAAGUGCUCGCAUACACCCAACUCUCCAAUUGUUUGCAGGAUGACAAAAAGGCAAGAGAAGAUCUCAGUUCAUCAAAUGACGGCCCCAACCUCGGCCAUAAUUGAAGAUUUUGUGGCUUCCUACGACACGCAACGCGAAUUCUACAGCCACACCGCAACGGCUGUUAGAAAGAUUUGCGAGGCAGCCCUCGGAAAACAUCAUAUACCAUGCCUUGUCAGCCAUCGAGCGAAAGAAGCAGCGAGUCUACGCAAAAAGCUAUAUGCACGACAACUUCUCCGGGGCCAUGCCUACACAAGCAGAGAAGAGAUCAAAAGUGACAUUUCCGACCUUGCUGGCGUACGCAUCGCUCUCUACUAUUCUCGGCACGGGGAGGAGGUCAAGCGUAUACUCAAUGAUGAAUUUACUGUCGUGGAAAAAAAGACGUUCAGCCGAAUGGGCAUCGACGAGGCAAUCCAUGGCGGCUACGAUCGAUGGUUCCCGGGCUACUGCGCACAGCAUUAUCGAGUGCAUCUUAAGAACGGAACGGUCAAUCAGGAAGGCGUACCUAUUCACAACACAAAGGUGGAGAUCCAGGUCGUCUCUGUGCUGCGGCAUGUCUGGGCUGAAGUGGAACACGACGUGGUCUACAAGGGGAAGCUCAGGGCGAGCAGAGACGACCACCGCAUCCUGGACGGGUUAAGCGGUGCGGUGUUUCUUGGGGAGUGCUUCCUGGAUCAACUGUAUCAGACCCAGGUAGCGAAGACUACCACCGACGACAAAGGUUUCGAAAGCGUCUACGGGCUCGGCUCAUUUUUGUGGAAUUGGACCGCCUCCCUCGGGCAUUGCCAGGUAGAAUACCCAGUGGAGGUCGAGUUUCUGAAAGAGGUGCUCAGUAUCCUCGGGCUCAACAAUCCGCGAACACUACGAGAUAUUCUCAGUCAGAUCGACCUGUCCACUCGAGAAGGCAGCGAGUGGCAUUCUUUCCGGGCGGCAUUUCACCCCGCUAGGUCCAGUCUUACAAUGUUCAUAAUGGACCGGAUCCUUACAAUGCCGGUCGGAGCCAGCAAGCUUGAGAAUACGCCAGUGGACGAUCCUGGGCUCGAUCACGCGAGACACGAGCUCGGCCUUAUUUCCAGUUCCCUGAUCUGGCUCGAUCGGGUGUACCCGCUCUCGUCUCAAUUAUUCGGAGCCCUCUUCGCCAGUGACUCGUGGGACCGUUAUCUGCCUGGAAUCCGGUGGCUUGAUUCGCGAAAAGCCCAGGAUUAUUGGAGGGGUACUGCGGUGCUUACCGACGAGGAAAAGAACAGGAUCAACGGUCUGUUUCAGUGCUUUGCGAGAAACAAGGAAAAGCCCAUUCAGCUUGCGUUUGCGCUUGCCAGGCUGGGUGUUUUGAAGAGAUACGCUGCUGACUGGCUGGCUUUGCAUCGCGUCAUCUCGCCGUUGCUUAUUGUAAUAAAGGCUCGAUAUUAGGGGAUCUUAGGAUGGGGUGUGAUGUAUACGUCUGCUGCCUAAUUCAAUGCUUACGCUGAGAUUGGAAACAUCAUGUAUGGUAAGCUUGAUUUACUGUGUAGAUGUGGAUCUAUGGGAAUAUUCCUGGCAACUCUGCAUAAGCGAAAUUGCGGUCCUGCAACCGAGUUACUCCAGCAGGC